GGGACCUGUCGGAGAAUUUCCUUAGCACCUCCUCCCCAAUUUGCUCCGCACCGACCACGAACCGAACAGCGCGCCGCCGCCGUCGCUCCCUCUCCACCUCCAUUUCCUCCCCCUUGCUCUUCGCCUUCCCCCCCUUACCGGAGCCACAACCAGCGUCCUGGGCAGCCGCCGCAGUCUCGCUGCCGUUCGCUUCCCCGACCCAUCCGGCCGUGCGGGACGCGGGAGGAUUUGGCGCCGGAGGCAGGCCAGGGCGGACGGGACAGGAUGUUCUCCGGCGACUGGACGCCGCCGUGCGGCAGCUGCUGCACCAAGAAGUACGCGAGCCUCGUGCAGAUCCCAUGGAGGGUGUUCUGCAAGAAGGGGUGCAACACGGACGGCGACACCUGGGAAGAAUGCAUAGGAAAAUGUACUGAAAUCUGCUACAAGGAUCCAGUGUUAGAAGAUCGCCAGUGGAGUGCUUACAUUGAUCGAUCUCCAGGGCAGGAUAGUUACUCUUUGGAGUGCUUCAAUGCUUGCGUGUCUGGUUGUGGAUACAGGGUAGGGUACAUACAUACAUCACCGUAUCCCUUAUGUUCGCUGCUUCUUGGUUUAAUUUCUUUUGAGAUCCCAACAGAGAAGGUUGAAGAGAUCAAGCCCAACAGGCCGUCCAAGCCGCCGCCUCCUGAAGUGAAGCCAACUACUGGUCCAGACUCUGCCGCUGGGAGCCGUGAAGACGUGCCAUGCACAUCGGCCUAGUUGCCUCCAAACCUUUUGUAACACCGAUGUGUUUUCUAUUUGUUCUGUUCUCCUCACUCGUCCCUCUCCCUUCUCUUCUUUCUGGAAAAUGUACGGAAAGUUUUUUUUUUAUCAUAGCUAGUGGUAAUCGCGAAAUUUAGAGUGAAGAAUUUGUAGCACUGGCGGUAAGAGAUGACGAGAGGAGUGCAGCGAUGUGUAUUGUGCUCGAGUAACGGGAGUUUUACUUGAUGAAUGGCAUGACAUGUUUCAGAGCCUCA